GUAUGGAUAAGUCAUAUAUGCCCAUCAGGCGUAAAAAUAUGGAUGUUAAGGUAAAUAACAAUGGUAGUCAUGUAAUUGACAUAUGUAAAACUUUAGGUCUUGCUAUCGUCAAUGGACGGCUCGGUGAUGAUAAUGGUAUUGGAAAUUUCACGUGUUUCAAUAAGAAUGGGGGUUGUAGCACAAUUGAUUAUGCUAUUGUUUCUCAUGAAUUGUUUUAUAACAUACAAAACUUCCAGGUUGACUUAUUUGAUAAGUGUUUAUCGGAUGUUCAUUGUCCUAUUGUUAUGACUUUGCAAUCAACUCAUACACACAACCAAGAAAUUCAUGAUGUUAAUACCAUUUGUGACUCGUCUAAGCCCAGGUACAUGUCUUUUAAGUGGGAUCGUGAAAAUGCAAAUGAAUACUCUGAUAGGCUGCACAGAUUAACCUUACAAUUGUCAGGAAUUGUGGAAAAUAUUCAUGGAAAUGUAAGUCAGGAAUUGGUAGAUCAUUGCUACUCUGAGAUCUGUAACUCUUUUUUACAGGCUGCACAAGAUAUUGGUGUGUGUAAGUGGAAACAGUCAAAUACAGCAAGGAGUCAUAAAGAACAACAUAAUGUGAAUUCGCCAUCACAAUUAUGGUUUGAUGCCGAUUGUGAAGCUGCCCGUAAAGAGUAUCUUAAUUUAAGGAAUAGGCUAAGCAGGAAAAUUCAGCUAGGUAGAAGAUUAGAUGUUCAAGUAACAGAUAUUAAUGUUUUACAAAGUGACUUUCUUAUGGCAAGUAAGAAAUAUAAAAAAUUGCUAAGGUACAAAAGGAGAAGGCAUGGCAAAGACUUUAGUGCCUCUCUACGGUCCUUGAAAAAACAAGGAAACCCUAGAGCCUUUUGGGAUUUAUUAAACAGUAAUGGUCGUCGAACUAAAAGUGCAGUUAAUGUUUCUUUGGGUGAUCUUGUACAGCAUUUUAAAUCUCUAGGAAAUGUAUGUAAAUCAGAGGAUAAUUUAGAGGAAAGGAUGCCUUUGGAUGCUGAUAAUGUGACGAUACAAAAUGAUGGUUUGAAUGAACCUAUCACAUUAGAAGAGGUUGAAUUAAUGGUUAAUAAAUUGAAAAAUGCCAAAGCUUGCGGUAAAGAUUUGAUCAGAAAUGAAUUUUUGAAAAGUUGCCCCUUAGAAAUGCGUAGGGUUAUUGUUGAUUUGUUCAAUAUUGUUUUAGAUAGUGGAAUCGUUCCCUCUGAAUGGUGUAUAGGAGUGAUUAUCCCAAUUUUUAAGAAUAAAGGUGAAAACACAAAUCCAGAUAGUCUUGAAUAAAAGAAUUUCUAGCUUUCUUGAUAGUAAUCGUAUGUUAGGUGAGGAACAAGCUGGGUUUCGUUCAACAUAUUCAACCAUUGAUCAUGUGUUUGUUUUGAAGACUAUUAUCGAUUUUUACCUACAGAAAAGGAAACGCUUAUAUUGUGCUUUUAUAGAUUAUAAAAAAGCGUUUGAUUUAAUUGAUAGAAAGUUUUUGUGGUUUAAAUUGCUAAAAAUAGGUGUAAAUGGCAAAGUCCUAAAUGUUGUUAAAAGCUUGUACAAAUGUGCGAAGUCCUGUAUUUCUGUCAACGGCGCAAUGUCUGAAUUUUUCUCGUGUAACGUAGGAGUUAGGCAAGGUGAAAACCUUUCGCCAUUGCUGUUUGCUGUUUAUUUAAAUGACUUUCAAGAGCAUAUUGCCAAAAUUUAUCCUGGCUUGAAAAUGUUAAAUGAAGAAAUACAAAAUACCUUACAGGGUGACGAAUUA